AUGAAGCGGCAGAACGUGAGGACUCUGUCCCUGAUCGUCUGCACGUUCACCUAUCUGUUGGUCGGGGCCGCGGUAUUUGACGCCCUGGAGUCGGAUUUUGAGAUGCGGGAAAAAGAGCAGUUAGAGGCCGAGGAGAAGCGACUCCAAGGGAAAUACAACAUCAGCGAGGACGACUACAGGAAACUGGAGACUAUUAUCAUGGAGGCUGAGCCCCACCGAGCAGGAGUUCAGUGGAAAUUCGCUGGCUCGUUUUACUUUGCUAUCACCGUCAUCACGACCAUAGGUUACGGACACGCGGCUCCAGGGACGGAUGCGGGGAAAGCCUUCUGCAUGUUCUAUGCCGUCCUUGGUAUUCCUCUGACCCUGGUAAUGUUCCAGAGCCUGGGCGAGAGGAUGAACACGUUUGUCAAGUACCUCCUCAAACGCAUCAAAAAGUGCUGCGGAAUGCGCAUCACAGAGGUUUCCAUGGAGAACAUGGUCACCGUGGGAUUCUUCUCCUGCAUGGGCACGCUUUGCAUCGGAGCGGCCGCUUUCUCUCACUACGAGGACUGGAGUUUCUUCCAGUCCUACUAUUACUGUUUUAUCACAUUGACUACUAUCGGUUUCGGGGACUUUGUGGCUCUGCAGAAGAACAGAGCUCUGCAGAAGAAGCCCCUGUACGUUGCCUUCAGCUUUAUGUACAUCUUGGUUGGGCUGACUGUGAUUGGCGCUUUCCUCAACCUGGUCGUGCUGCGCUUCCUGACCAUGAACAGUGAGGACGAACGGAGGGACGCGGAGGAGCGAGCUUCUCUGGCCGGGAAUCGCAGCAGCAUGAUCAUCCACAUCCAGGAGGACACUCUCCAGAGGAACCGCCGUCGCCGUGAGCAACAGCAGCGUUACCACGGCGACGUGACGGACCUGCAGUCGGUCUGCUCCUGCAUGCACUACCACUCGCACGAGUUCGGAGGAAGGGCGUUCUCCCAUCAGAACUCCCUCAGCUCCCAGUUAAGCCCUCACCAGUUCUUUCAGUCGGUCUCGUACCGAAUCGAGGAGAUCUCUCCCAGUACGCUGAAGAACAGUCUCCUCCCUUCGCCCAUCAGCUCUGUGUCUCCUGGUCUCCACAGCUUCACAGAACAUCAUCAACUCAUGAGACGCCGUAAAUCCAUCUGA